AUGAAGGACUCGUGCAAGAUGGAGAUCGACAAUCAACCGCUCGUCUAUGUGGAUGAAAAAAUUGCAGCUGUGGCUCGGAAAGUUAUCAAGCAACAGACAACGGAUGGCGCGUUUUUUGUUUGCGAUGUGAGAGACUUGGACUACAAAGUGAAGUUAUGGCACCAACAACUGCCUGAAAUCACUCCGUUCUAUGCCGUGAAAUGUUGCACUGAUCCUGUGGUACUACAGACCCUCAAUUCGUAUGGAGUCAAUUUUGACUGUUCAAACAUGAGCGAGAUUAAGAUGGUUCUGGAGAUGGGCGUCAGUCCCGACCGCAUCGUGUACGCCAACACGAUCAAGUCUUCGUCCCACCUCGACUUCGCCAGCGAGUACGGCGUCACACUCAUGACCUUUGACUGCAUGGAGGAACUCGGCAAGAUCAGUGACAAGAACGCCCGAUUAUUGCUUCGCAUUGCAUCCAACGAAACCGGCAGCGGCAUCACGAUGAACAACAAGUUCGGCUGUCGCCUCGAGGACGCCGGAAACCUGCUGCAGAUCGCUUCCUUUAUGGGCUUCAAGGUCGUUGGCAUUGCGUUCCACGUCGGAGCGGCCUACCGAUGUCCCGAUAUCUUCGCUCGGUCGAUCGCGGAGGCAAGAAGCGUCUUCGACGAAGGCAUCCGGAUCGGGCACCCAAUGACCGUGCUCGACAUCGGAGGCGGAUUUACCGGUGGUCUUCGGUCACACGACAAGCUGUUGAAGCUUUGCGAAACCAUUCGGCUGGCCGUCGACGAGUACUUUCCGGCCUCGAGCGGAGUCCGUGUGAUCGCUGAACCGGGACAGUUUUUUGUCACCUCAGCAUACACGCUGGUCACGAGAGUGGUCGCCGAGAGGAGGAAAGACAUCGAAAUCAGCGGUAAACUUCUCAACCACAAGGACAUCUUUAUCAACGAGAGCCUCUGCAACUGUAUCAACCGAGACCUGUUUCGAUUCAUGGACAUCGGAAUGCGGCCCCUUAACCCGCCUUACGAGCGCCCCUGCAACUUCCUGAGCACGGUGUGGGGCGCCACCUGCAACCCCCUGGACUGCAUCUUGGACAAACAGCCGCUCUUCGAGGUGUUCGUCAACGAAUGGCUACUCAUGGAUAACAUGGGCGCCUACACUUUGGUCGGAGCCUCGGGCUUCAACGGAUUCGGCUUCCCGCCCGUCCACUACGUCGCGUCCGCCGCCGGGGUCACCGCGGUCUGCCAGGUCCUCAAGUCGAUGAGCGUCCGGAGUGGGUACGGCCACAUGGAGCAACUAGUGAAGCACAGACGCGUAGAAAAUCAGCAUCUCAAACGCUUGUCGGCUGCGCCAGGCAUGUUCUUGUGUGCGGAGUAG